AUUAUACUGUCCAGUGUUUGUACUGAAUAGCUAAAUUACUGGGAGCUGCCUCAGGAUCAUCUGGGAGGUUACUUAGCUUUUGGUUUGAUCUUGGACCCAUCUUCCUAUGUAAAUAGUGUAAGCAUUAGAUAAGAAUGAUUAAAGUAUUAGAUAUUGUAAGAUGUCAUGUGUUUCUUCAUUAAACAGCCUUUGAAAAUUAAAACAGAAGUCGUCAGCCCAAACAGAGUUCUGUGGUUAAUGUUUUUUUCCUGUUGUGAUUUCAUCUAGUUAUUCCCUUCAGGCAUUUAUAAUCUUAUUGGGGGGCAGCCUAUGAAAUGUACUACCAGGGGAAAACAAUUCUUCAUAGCACACCACCUACUUGUGGGUUUUCAUGUAACUGCUGCUGUGAAAACUGGCUUGGUUUGGACUCUGGGGUGACCAGAGGAGGUCCUGCCCAUGGUUAGUCACCUGCAGCACCUGCUGGAGGGGCAAUUGCUUCCCCAAAAGGUUGGGCACAUGGGGCAGCGACAAUGGGAGUGUGAGGUGUGCAGAGAAGUGAGGGACCAGCAGAUAGAGGGAGAAGUAGGAUGUACUCAGAAAAUAGACAAGUGCUACCCCUGUAUGCAGUCAAAACCUGUAAUCACUUUGGUUUCUACUUGUGUGCAUUUAAACCAGAUAAGCUUUUUUUUUUUUUAUGCCUUCUUUUAUCUCAGUGCAAAUUACUAAGGGUGAAUUAUGACUGCAAAUAGGAGGCUUUAAAAACACUGAAGGUUUACAGCUGCAGAGUGUUGAUAUUCCAGGAUCUCUUUCUCACAUAAGUUUGAAAGCACUGUAGUGCUCUGAGCUUGGUGCCUGCUUUUGAAAUGAUAAAAUGUUUUAACUGUGAUUCCCCCCACCUUAAUCCUAGGUCCCAAUUAAGCAGUAACAGCAGUAACUGCAGUAAUAAUUUCUCUUUGCACUGAUCUAAUCUGAAGUCACGAGCAGCUGCAGUAUUUAUGCUACGAAGGAUUUUUCCCCUUUGGCAUAUAUUGCACAGGCUGUCCCUUGAUUCAGUUACAAGUGCUUGAAGGCUAUUGAUUUUUACUCUGUUUUAUGAGAACUCUCCUUUUUAAUUUCUCAGGUUUGAAUUUGAUUGAUCAAGUCAUGUGAUAAAAGUAUUUAUGCAUCUGAUUACCUGUUUAUCUGGUCAGAGAAGAACUAGGUCUAACACAAAACCCACUUUCUGAUUCCUGAGCUGCAGGAGAUCCUGAGCUCUGGGGUAUUCUCCUCCUCCUCCUGCCAGGUCACACUCAAGAGGUGGCUGUAAACAUGAAUAUUUCUGAAGGGGAAGUGUCAUAGAGGCAUUGCUUACUGACAUCCUAGAAACACACAGCAUGCGUGGAAAUUACUGUACCACGGAAAUAACCCCGGGUGUUCAUUAGGCUGAUUUGGGUGUGUUGCUAGGCAACUCGGGGCAACAAGGGGGAUUUUAUGUAUUCUUUUGGUAGGUACAGGUCUCUGUAGAGAUUUCCAGGUAAGUAACAGAGCCGUGGGAGAAGCUGAUCAGCUGCCACACCAGAAGUUAAGCCCUACAAACUUAACUUUCAAGAGGAGUUUUUCCAAGGAAGAAAUUGGAUUAGACCCAGAGAUGACGUACCCUGUUUGAUUUCUUUUCUCCUUGCACUCUGACCAGCUUUGUGUUUAGGCAGGCUUUUGUUUCUGGCUCCGAGUUGCUUUAAAAACAUUUGGGAGUGUGUCUCGGGGUGUUAAGGGUGAUGUGCUUAGCUUGAUUGGCGCGGCUUGCUUGGGAGUGCUUUGUUCUUCCCACCACCCUCAGGUCAGUUGUGCAACAUGCCCCUGCUGCUCAAAAAGAAAAAAGGAAAAAAAAAAAAAAGAGAAAUGCUGAGUAAUGCCAGAGGUUUCUCAAAUGGCUGAUGCAAACCUGGAGAAUUUACAUCAUCAUUCAGCUGGAGUAACUUGGUAUGACAAGAGCUUAAAUACAAGUCCAUGCGGAAGCUGAGCUGGUUCCCAAUGAUAGGGCAGUACCAGCUCGCAGUGUGAAAGUGCAGGUGUUCCUGAGCAGUGCUCUGAUUGCAGUAAAAGCUCAAAUACACUUCAGGAGCUCUCUACCUGUGUGUAGGAGCAGCUGGAAAGAUAAGAGAGGGCAGAGGAAGAGACCAAGUGGUUGGCUACACAGAGGGGAGGGGGGGGAAAAGUCUUGAGUUUCUGCUGAAAACUUUUUUCUCUGUGCUUGCUGUCCGUGUGCUGGUGGCACUAUAGCAUGUAUAGGAAGGCUGCUGUAACCACGGUCUCUAAUGGACGCUACUUUCAGGGGCAAGCUAAUGGCAGGUUGCCCUCUAUGGACAGCGAACAGCCAGCCCAGGAGGGAAAAGUUGUGCUGAAGAAGAAAGUGACACUUUUGAGAGGGAUAUCCAUCAUAAUUGGCACUAUCAUUGGAGCUGGCAUCUUCAUCUCUCCCAAAGGCAUCCUGAAGAACACGGGCAGUGUGGGCAUGUCCUUGACUGUCUGGACAGUGUGUGGUAUCCUCUCGCUCUUCGGUGCCCUCUGCUAUGCUGAAUUAGGAACGUGCAUUAAGAAAUCUGGUGGUCACUAUACUUAUAUCCUGGAGGCCUUUGGCCCCUUACCUGCUUUUGUGAGAGUCUGGGUUGAGUUACUCAUCAUUCGCCCUGCUGCCACAGCAGUGAUAUCGUUGGCCUUUGGACGUUACAUUUUAGAACCUUUCUUUAUGCAGUGUGAAAUCCCAGAACUUGCAAUUAAACUUAUUACAGCUGUUGGCAUCACGCUGGUGAUGGUCCUGAAUAGCACAAGUGUCAGCUGGAGUGCCCGCAUACAGAUAUUCCUUACCUUUUGCAAGCUUGUAGCAAUUCUGAUAAUUAUAGUCCCUGGAGUUAUCCAGCUAAUUAGAGGAGAAACACAGCACUUUAAAAAUGCCUUUGCGGGGAAUGAUGCCAGUGUUAUGGGAUUGCCACUUGCUUUCUACUCCGGAAUGUAUGCCUAUUCAGGCUGGUUUUACCUCAAUUUUGUUACUGAAGAAGUGGAAAACCCUGAGAAAAACAUACCCCUCGCAAUAUGCAUUUCAAUGAUUAUCGUCACAGUUGGCUAUGUGUUAACAAACGUGGCUUAUUUCACUACAAUCAGUGCUGGGGAAUUGCUCCUUUCAAAAGCUGUAGCAGUGACCUUUGCUGAACGACUGAUGGGAAACUUUUCUUUAGCUGUACCAGUAUUUGUUGCUCUCUCCUGCUUUGGAUCUAUGAAUGGCGGCAUUUUUGCAGUCUCCAGGAUGUUCUUCGUUGCAUCCCGUGAGGGUCACCUUCCGGAAAUUCUCUCCAUGAUUCAUGUCCGCAAGCACACUCCUCUGCCAGCUGUCAUUGUUUUGCAUCCUCUCACAAUGAUAAUGUUAUUCACCGGUGAUCUCUACAGCCUCCUGAAUUUCCUCAGUUUUGCCAGGUGGCUUUUUAUUGGACUGGUAGUUGCUGGGUUGAUUUAUCUCAGAUAUAAACGUCCUGAUAUGCCUCGUCCUUUCAAGGUACCUCUAUUUAUUCCAGCGUUGUUUUCCUUCACCUGCCUCUUCAUGGUUGCACUGUCACUUUACUCUGAUCCAGUGAAUACAGGGAUUGGAUUUGCAAUAACCCUGACUGGAGUUCCUGCCUACUACUUCUUUAUUGUAUGGGACAAUAAGCCAAAGUGGUUCAAAAACCUCCUAGACAAGCUAACUGUGACAUUGCAAAUCCUCUUGGAAGUUGUCCCAUCAGAGGAAGACCAGAAAUCAUGAUCUUCAUGUACAGCUUUUGACUUGGUGUUUCAUUUCUACCUGAGGAAGAGGGUAGGGGGAUUUAUCCCCUCACCUUAUCUUCUUCUGCAAACUGGAGGGACAAGACACAGCUGAGAUGGAUACCUAGCGAGUCAAUUACCAGGCCUAUAUUUUAUGAUGUUGCAAAUUUUUGUUUUAAUAUGAUUGGUUUAUGUGUAGAAAGCAAGAACUUGUGCUACGAGGGAGCUAAUCUCUUCACUAUUUCUUUUGUUACAGUGUCAUAUUUUAACAAACCUUAGGUUCUUCAGACUAGGAUUUUGAGAUGCAUUGUCACUGAAAAUAGGUUUAAGUAAUGUGUAAGUAGUAGUCGUGUACUGUGAAGAAUGUAUCCGGCUUGCUGUCCCUGAAGAGCCUGACUCUCCUCAGAGAAAGGAUGAGAUAAAGCUGCUGAGUUUCACUUACUAGUGUUCUUCCCAUCACUCCACUUGGUAGCCCGAUUUGGCAACUUCUGGCUCACUCGGAGCACCAGCACGCUGAUGCAGAAGCACAACUGUUUCCACACCUUUGUGGUGACAAGGUUUCUUCAUUCCAGGGUUGUUCUGCUAUACCUGAUAGGAACAUCUGAGAAUUAGUAUUCCUGACAGUGAAGCAGGAAGAUUUUAGCCUGGGGACUGAUUUUAUACAUGUUAAAGUUACUACCAGUCUGGAAUUGGUGACUGGUUUAGCCAAGGUUUCUCUGUGUACGUAUGUAUAGGAAAUACAGAAAAUGAGUAAUCACCUCCAAAUGAGUGAAAACAUUUAGAUGCAGCCUCCGUUGCUAUAUGAGUAUUUUCUGUCGGGAAGCUUGUGGACCUUCAGUUAUCAGUCAGGCAAAACUGAUUUUAAAGUUUUAUAUCAUUGUCAGUGGGCAGAAAUAAGUAAUAGUUACUACUAAGAAUACUGUAUAGACAAGGCAAUAAAUGAAAUACCUUUUUAUGAAUAAGGUAUAGGCAAGCUACAACAGAUCUGUUGAUUUGAGUAGGAUAUUUGCCUAAUCUGUGGGCUUGAGAUUCGAGCACACUCCAAUUAACUGGGCUCUGAAACACCAAGGAAAAGGUGCUCUGCCAAUGUCUUCUUUGCAGUUUUAUCUCAGCAGAAACAGAGAAAGGCCAUGAAAACUGAUAAACUCAAAUGAAAUUCAUCUUCAGAAUGAUGUUCAAGCUGAAAUUUGGCUCAAAUGUGAGCUCAUUUUACUCUUUUUUAAAAACAGUUGUAGAUGAAAAGAUUUAUAAUGCUUAGAAAUUCAGUUUUAUAUUGUUAGUCAGACUACUCAACCUUAAGAUUAAGGUUUGUUAUCACUCUAUCAAGAAUAUAAUGCUUAAAUAUUUAAUGCACUACUUUUUGAGCUGUAUGCUGUCAGUAAGUCAUAUGUUUCAAGGAAAAUUUUAUGGAACUAAGCAACAUUAAACUUCCUAAAUUGGGAGAAAAGUACGACUAGUAGCCAUACCACUACAGUAGAGGGAGACUGUGUAUUGUAUAUAUGUUGUAUAUAUCCAAAAUAUCAACUGUUUUAAGGGUGUACAGGAAAAUGCCUUAAAUUUAUACAUGUUUUUCUUUCUUGUAUUUCUAUGGUGGAAUUUCAUAGAAGUAGAGAAAUGUGAGUAAUUAAUUCUGUAGAAAAGUGGUAAUUUAAGACACAGAAAACAUCUUGCAAACACUUUUUUCUUAAAAUGUUUUCUGUUUACAGUAACUUAAAAUGUUAUUUGAAACUUUUUUAAGCAAACAUUUUGAGAGAGAUUUUUAUAUUGGCAGUGCAUGUGUUUCAUUAGUAUUUAUGUUUGGGUAAAAUACUACUUUUGAUGCCACCUUCUGCCAUCCAAGUUCUCCAGAGUUUAGCCUGUGUCAUCGUGGAGCAUCUUCAAAGUAUACAGACUGCACUUCUCUCUGAUAAAAAUAAACUACAUGAUGCCCUCCAGGACUGCAACUAACACACUCCUCUGCUGAUGGAUGCUGAGUGCACAGGAUCCCACCAGAGCUAGUCCAAAGCGAAAACACCUGAACACUGCUACUGUGGGUGCCAGGUUUUCAGUACCAACUGUAUAAUUCCAAGUAUUCAUUCCUGUUGUGCCACAUUACUUGAAAACUUAAAUGGAGGCAAUGUUAACUUAUGGAAAUAAAUGGGCUCUGUAGAUAUAAC